UUUUAGUACACUGAACAAUGUUAGACUAGAAUUUAGUGAGUGUUUAGGCAGUGGCAGUGCUCAUACUGGCUUCCAUUUUUUUCUCCGCCAAAAUGGAUCAUAAUGUUCUUUAUAAAUAUUAUCCCGCCCCCCGGAAUAUAAUGUGGCUCGUAUACUCAGAUGUGGGUUACUCGUGUUGAUCCUUGUCUUAAAUGUAUAUUCAACCGCAUCUAUGUUAAGAGCACCGACUUCCGAUUGAACAGAAAUUCAUGAAUAAUACUAUUCAUUCCCUACGGAGCUGUGAGUGUAAUGAGACCUACGUACAGAGCUGGACUAGCUCUACUCAUACAGUGGUUUCAUGUUACUUGAAAAUACAGAAAAACUGUUUGAAAACUAAAGAGUUUGUAAUAGCAGAAUAAAUAUGAAUCCUCAAAAAGAUUGUGGUCUAAAACCUUUUUAUUUUAAAUGUUCAUUAUGUGAUGAAAAGUAUGAUUUAUACAGUAAUUUAGUGGAGCACUGUAAAACACAUGCUAUAGACAAACACUAUCAACAGUUAUUACCCCUUUCUUGUGGGGUGUGCUACCAGAGUUUCAACUUUUAUAAAGAUCUGGAUCAACACAGUAAAAUACACUUCAAAGAGGGCUUCAAUGUGGAUUCAAAAACACAACUAAAUUCAAAAGAAUCCUAUGAAUGUGAUGUUUGUGGUAGAUCUUGUGCCAAUGAAAACAAAUUUAAAAUCCACAUGUGGACUCAUAGUGGAGAGAAACCAUAUAAAUGUAAUAUUUGUGGUAAAUUUUUCGCUCGAAAUGCUAACUUUACCAUCCAUAUGAAGUCUCAUUCAGUACAAACAUGUCACAUUUGUUAUAAACCCUUUACUCAGAGUAAUGAGCUAGAAAAACAUUUAAAGACUGAUCAUGAAGAGAAUCCAUUUAAAUGUGAUGUUUGUAGCAAAUCAUUUACUACAAAAUAUAAACUAUGUUUUCACCAAAAACUACAUACUGGUAUAAAACCUUAUAAAUGCGAUUUUUGUGAGAAAUCAUUUACUCAGAAACGGUAUUGCACUGCACAUAUUAAUACUCAUUAUGCAGAAAAGCCUUUUAAGUGUGAAAUUUGUGGGAAAUCCUAUAAAGUAAAACAGGAAUUAGCUUUUCACAUCAGGAAACACACAAGAGAAAAGCUAUUUAAAUGUGAUGAUUGCGGUAAAUCUUUUCUAAGUAAAACCUAUCUUAAGUACCAUUUAAAAACUCAUAACAAAGAUCGUUGUUAUAAUUGUGAACAUUGUGAUGAUACUUUCUUAAGCAAGAGUGGUUUAAUAUCACACAGCAAGGUCCACAUACCAAAACCAAAAAAGUCUUUUAAAUGUAACGUUUGUGAUAAAUUAUUUUCCCAAAAUUGUAAUCUUCAACAACACAUCAGGAUACAUACUGGAGAGAAAAUGUUUUCGUGUGAGAUUUGUGGUAGAACCUUUAUGUAUAGAAGAAAUCUAAGACAACACUUUCAAACUCACACUGAGAAAAAACCUUACAAAUGUGAUGUUUGUGGUAGAUCAUUUACUAGGCCUCAAAGUCUAAAGGAACAUAGCAGAAUUCAUACUGGAGAGAAACCCUAUGGAUGUGAUGUUUGUGGUAAAAGAUUUGGAUACCUGUCUUCAUUUGGUCUGCACAAAUUAAACCAUAAAGGAAUUCAAUCUGAGAAGUGUAAAAUUUGUGAUAAAUUGUUUACCAGAAAAGACUAUUUAAGGGUCCACAUGAAAUCUCAUAGGCCAAACAAAUGAAUAAAACUUAUACAAUUGAAUAAAACUCAAAUCCCAAUACUCAUGUGUUACAAGGAGUAGCGUCACCUCUUAACCACAUGAAUUUUUCUCCUGGUUCCUAUGAUUUCCUUCCACUGUUAAAGAUCAAUAUGAACAAGUAAAUGAUUGAAAUACAUGUAUGUUAUAUGUUAUUCCAAAAAUGACCUAGUUUGUGUCGAGUGGACAUUGAAAACCUAUGUCUCUCAUGCUUAUGUAAAUGUAGGCACGUAAAAGAUCCCUUGACCAUUGGAAUUCAAUAUAAGAGCAGGAUACAGUGUGAUUGUCUGGGCAAAAUUUCCCUCGCACAGCACAUCAGCUCAGUUGGAGCAUAAAAGUAGGAAAUGGAAUGAAAUAGGGUUUAACGUCCUACUGUUCUGCUCCUAACUGGGCUAAUGAAGACGGGCAUACAGUGUGCUACGAGGGAAAUAUUGCCAGACAGUGGCACUACGGCCUACUCGUAUAUCGAAUUCCAACUAUCAAGGGAUCUUUUACGAGCACGUCAGUGUGUACACAGGACCUCCGUUUUCCAUCCCAUCUGAACGACUAGACAGUUGCCCUGCAUCACUGACAAGGGGGAACCACGCAAGAAAAUCUGGAUGAACUUCCUCGGCCAAUACAGGGAUCGAACACCCACUUAGCCACCGUGAUCCCCCAUAAAAGUAAGACCUUAAACCUCGUUUCAUUUAAUUUCAUUUGGAAACUAUCACCGCUGUUAUUCUUUUACUCACUGGGGGAAAAAGUAUGGUAAAGGAGUGCAGAUUUUGUUUGUUUAAAACCCGCAGAUCUCGGUUACUUUCGAUAUUCACGCAUAUCGGACCAUAACUUCCUGAAUUAUUGUCCCUGAUUGUACCAAAAAUCGUGUUUUUAGCUUGUGGACCCCGUAGAGGUUUUAAUUUUUAUCCGAUUUAAAAAAAACGUUACAAUAUAUCACCGUUACACCCUAAGGACAGUUGAGUUCGAAUUUUGUAAAAAUUGGACCGAAACUGACGGACAAAAUGACCGCCCCUCGUUCGCAAAUAGUGUCAAAAUGUUGUGUAUCAGGGUUGUGGACCCUCUGGAAUCACAAUUUUCAUCUGAUUUUGAUGAAACUUGAAAUGCAUGUUUAUAACCCACAGAUCUCGGUUACUUUUGAUAUUCGCGCAUAUCGGACCCUAACUUUCUGAAUUUUGGCGUCUGAUUGUACGAAAAAUCGUGUUUUUAGCUUGUGGACCCCAUAGAGGUAACAAUUUUUAUCCGAUUUAAAAAAACGUUACAGUAUACAUGUAUCACUGUUACACCCUAAGGAUGGUUGAGUUCAAAUUUCGUAAAAUCGAACAGAACUGACAAAAUAGCCGCCCGUGUUCGCAAAUAGUGUCAAAAUAUUGUGUAUCAUUGUUGUGGACCCUCUGGAGGUCACAAUUUUCAUCUAAUUUUGAUGAAACUUGAAAUGCAUGUUUAUAACCCACAUAUCUCGAUUACUUUUGAUAUUCGCGCAUAUCAAACCAUAACUUCCUGAAUUAUGGCCCCUGAUUGUACGAAAAAUCGCGUUUUUAGCUUGUGGACCCCAUAGAGGUCACAAUUUUUAUCAAAUUCAAAAAAUUGUUUGAAUAUAUCACCAUUACACACUAAGAUCUUGGUUCCUUUUGAUAAUCGCGGAUACCCUAACUUAACUUCCUGGAUUAUGGGCCCUGAUUGUUCGAAAAAUCAUAUUUAUAGCUUGCAGAUUCUCUAGAGGUCACAAUUUUUUUCCGAUUUUAAAAACCGUUUAAAUACAUCAACAUUCUACCAUAAUGAAGGUUGAAUUAGUAUUUUGUGAAAAUCAAAAUGAAACCGCCCGACAAAAUGGCUGCUCUUCGUACACAAAUUGUGUAGAAGUGUGUAAUACGAAGGUUGUGGAUCCUCAAGAGGUCACAAUUUUUUUCCAAUUUUGAUGAAACUUAAAACAUAUCUUUAUAUCCCAAAGAUCUCUGUCCCUUUUGAUAUUUGCACAUUUCAGGCCAUAACUUUCUGGAUUAUUGCCCCUAAUUGUUAAAAAAAAUCACGUUUGUUUUAGCUUGUUCUCUAUCCAUCUCUUGCAAACUGUGGGCGUAUCCUGCCUGGCAGCCGCUGGUAAUGUGGGUGUAUUAUGUUGGGGCUGUUACGCAACUCUGGGGCUGUACUCUGUUAUAGUGUGCCAGGUUGAUCUUGGCCCCUUACAUGUAUGUUAACUUAUGUUAAUAAGUCAUGUGAUAUCCUACAUUAGCACAUCAAAGUUAGUAUCCAACCUUGUGGGUUUUCUCCAGGUCCUCCGGUUUCCUUCCACUGCUAAAGACGCCUACCCCCAAGCGAAUUACUGAAAUAAAAUUGAACCAUAUGUUAGUCCCAAAAUGAUCUAGUUUGUAUCGAGUAGACGUUAAAACCGCAUUUAUCUGUCUCUCACAGAGUGUAAAAUGUAAUGCGGCAAAUGUAAAAUAUA